UGCUCUCUAACUAUUUUAAUUACCUGAAACCAGCCUAGUACAGCCUCUCAUUUUACUCAGACCUCCCCCAAUAUUUAAGAUCCACGCCAGCACACCUCGGCUCUCCAGCUUCAGGACCAGUUUACUGCCGGAUUGAGCUACCGUAGAUUCCUCUGUUGGAUAAGGAACUCAACAAGCUGUAAGCAUGUCUAUCGCCAACACGGCUGCCCAAGCGAUUCUCUCUGAUGCCCUGCUGAAGGAAAGUAAUGGGGACAAUCGCAUUCGACACCUGGAGCUGGAUUUGCCAUUGGAUAAAGUCAUCAAGUUCAUUUCUGUGGGCCUGCCACUCCUUCUGGUGUCCAUGGCCUUUGCCAGAGAGAUUUCUAUAGGCCCACAGAUUAGCUGCUUUCCUCCCAAUAACUUCACAGUGAAGCAGGCAGCCUAUGUGGACACGUACUGCUGGGACUCGCUCAUGCACCACGAGUUUGACACCGAUGGAAACAUUGAGGAACGCUCACUGUGGGUUCAUAAAAUGUUUCCAUACUCCUUAUUGGUGAUGGCCAUGAUGAUGUACCUGCCGGCUCUGAUCUGGCGCUAUCUGGCAGUCCCCAGCCUGACCUCUGACCUGUUUUUCAUCAUUGACGAGUUGGACAAAUCAUACAACCGCUCUGUCCGUCUGGCCCAAAACAUCCUGGACCUGAAAGAGCAUUCAGAAAGCGCUCUGCAGUUCCAGACUGAGCUCGAGAGAGCCAAACGCAAGCGAUACUUUGAGUACCCCCUGCUGGAGAGAUACAUGCAGUGCAAACAUGGCUCCUACUUCCUGGUCAGCAUGCUGUUCCUGCGAGGGUUCCUCCUCCUGACCUUCAUGUCCGCCUCGUGCCUGUACCUCAUCUACUUCCACCUCUCUUCAUUCCUACAAGACGAAUUCAGCUGCUUCGUGCGGACCGGCCUCCUCCGCGACCAGCCAUGGGUCCCAGAGCUAGUUCAGUGUAAAAUGACCGGUCUACUUGUGUUUCAGGUCAUUAGUGUGGCUAACGGAGCCGUCUAUGUGCUGCUGGCUCCUAUUGUCCUCUUCAGCCUGCUUCGAUUGUUUUGCUGGGACACCACCUUUCUUUCCCUGUACGAAGUGCUUCCUGGACUGGGGCUGAUCAGCGGUCAGAAAUUGGGCUGCCCACUUAAUGACCUCAAUGUUUUGCUCCUGUUUUUGCGCGCCAAUGUAGCACAGCUGCAGUCGUACAGCCGUCUAAGGGCCAUCUGCUCCCUUGCACCUCCUCGACUGAAGGGCGCUAAAGGCGUCCUGACGGAGGAACAGGCAGAGGAGAUGCUGGAGACCGCAGAGGAGCUGGAGGAGGAGAUGAGGGAGGCCAGAGAGGAGGGAAAACUCAAUCUGGUGGACAUCAUGACUGUCCUGGGAGCAGCUCGAGGAAAUGCAGUCAACUGUCCAGAGCAGCGCCCUCUUGUGGAGCCUGACAUGACGCUCGAGCCAAACCAGCAGGGGUACCAUGAGUUGAAGGAGACCACAACAUGCUGUUAUGCCUAAAGCAGCAGCAGCCAGUGGACUGAAGCAGCUCUGUCAGACUCUAGAGAACAGCUAAACCACUGAGGUGAAAUAAAGAUGAAGACAGUCACUAGAACUCCUUAUUCAUAGUCCAGACUCAUAAUAAAAAGUCUGGAUUUAAAACAAUCCCUAUGGAUAAAAUACACAAAUCAGCUCAGGGAUAAAAACCCAAAGUCUGUAUUGACAAUUGAAAAAAAGCCUCCUAUAUAUCCUACCAUACUUAAACAUGAGGACUUUUCUUUAUUUAUUCUUUUGCAUUCUUAUUAUCUGAUGUGUGGAUUCCCAAUUUCUUUAAAAACUGGAUUCUUUACUUGAUCUUUUGUUCUGUUUUGUAAAUGCUAAAAUAAAAUGAGUUUUUAUUUGUG